AUGACUAACACGCCUUUAAGAAAACAAUUGUUGAAAUUUUUAGAACGGGGUAGCUGUGCUCUUCAAAAUUGGAAAAACACGCCAUCAAAAUGUCAGAUUAUAGAGGCAUAUAGAACGAAACUUUCGCCUGAAUUUACAGGAAUUACCGUACAACAUUUAUUACUUUGUCUGGCUCUUUAUCUGCAGCUCGGUGAUAAGAAUUCUACAGCGGAAAUUGUGGAAGACGUUGAUAUUUUCAAUCAAUUGUGUGAUUUGGUUUUUUCAAAUCCAAAUUUAUUAAAACAGAUAUCUACAGGGAGUUAG